UCCGUUUGCAACCCUACUUCCCCUUCCCGCCCAAUGCUCCAUCAACGAGUCCGAAGUGCGAACCAGUACCUCUGAAUCUCAGAGAAGUGAAGUGCGGAAGCUCAAAACUCCAUUAUCAUUUGUCUACAUCUCAUUUUAGUCUUAUAUACUGUAUUCAUCGAUGGAUAAUUGUCAAGAACAUGAAAUGGCGGCCGAAGAUCACAUACAUGCUUUUGCGAGAUUUAUCAUUCGCCGCCAUACUGACGAGAUUCACUCGAUUCUGUUCUCCCAAGAUUCCAUGCUCCAUUAUCCUCUCAUUGUAGAUUUCGCAGAGUUGACUGAAGAAGAUCCUCAACUAGCACACCUCCUCUUCUCCCGACCUACUGAAUUCUUGCUGCUAUUCGAUCAUGGUGCUUGCCAGGCUCAGCGUGUCAUUCUGGACGAGCUGAAGUACCCGAAGGAUGCAGUUCUCAAGAAUUUCGUACACGUCCGGAUCAACAUCAGUGGCUCUCCUCUGGAGUUCCCAGAGACUUUCCCGAGCAUUGGACGCGUGAGAGUGAAACAUCGGGGUGUUCUUCUGACUCUGAAAGGGACUGUCAUCAGGUCCGGGUCCAUCAAGAUGAUUGAAGGGGAGCGGGAAUACGAGUGCCGUAAAUGCAAGCACAGGUUUAAAGUCUAUCCCGAACUAGAGACUGGAAAUGCUGUAAGGCUUCCAUCAUCUUGCCCUUCCCAGAGGGCUAGAUCAUGUGAAGGCACAAAUUUUCAAUUUAUGGAAGGAACCAUUGUCUGUCAUGAUUAUCAGGAAAUCAAAAUCCAAGAAAAUACACAAGUUUUAGGCAUUGGGUCUAUACCUCGCUCAAUACCUGUUGUUCUGAAGGAUGAUCUUGUUGAUAUUGUUAAAGCUGGAGAUGAUGUGAUCGUUACAGGGGUUUUGACUGCAAAAUGGUCUUCAAAUUUAAAGGAUGUUCGAUGUGACCUUGAUCCAGUUUUAGUUGCCAAUCAUGUCAGGAGAACCAAUGAACUAAAAUCAGAUAUUGAUGUUCCUGAUCAUGUAGUCAAUAAGUUCAAGCAAUUUUGGUUGGAGCACAAAGAUACCCCAUUGAAAGGGAGAAAUGCCAUUCUCCGAGGAAUUUGCCCACAAGUUUUUGGACUGUUUACAGUUAAGCUUGCAGUUGCACUAACAUUGAUUGGAGGUGUUCAACAUGUUGGUGCUUCUGGGACAAAGGUUCGAGGGGAGUCACACUUGCUUUUAGUUGGUGACCCUGGGACUGGGAAGUCCCAAUUUUUGAAGUUUGCUGCUAAAUUGAGCAAUCGAUCUGUUAUCACAACUGGCUUGGGAAGCACCAGUGCUGGAUUAACUGUUACUGCUGUCAAGGAUGGAGGUGAAUGGAUGUUGGAGGCUGGGGCCCUUGUUUUGGCAGAUGGUGGCCUUUGCUGCAUAGAUGAAUUUGAUAGCAUGCGAGAGCAUGACCGGGCAACCAUACAUGAAGCCAUGGAGCAACAAACUAUAAGUAUUGCAAAGGCUGGUCUUGUAACAACUCUUAGUACUAGGACUAUUGUCUUCGGUGCGACAAACCCAAAAGGGCAGUAUGAUCCUAGUCAACCUUUAUCUGUCAACACUGCACUCUCUGGACCCUUGCUUAGCAGAUUUGAUAUCAUCCUUGUCCUCUUGGAUACAAAGAAUCCGGAGUGGGAUGUAAUUGUCUCAUCUCACAUUCUGGCUGAGCAAGGAGGACAAGAAAAAGGAAAGAAUGAUGAAGAUCUUAUGAGCAUUUGGUCACUUCCCAUGCUUAGGAGGUACAUUCACUUUGUAAAGGGAUAUUUCAAACCUGUACUCACAAAAGAGGCAGAAAGAGUUAUUUCAAGCUAUUACCAGCUUCAAAGAAGAUCAGCUGUCCAGAAUGCAGCAAGGACAACUGUGCGCAUGCUUGAAAGUUUGAUUCGACUAGCCCAAGCACAUGCAAGACUCAUGUUCAGAAAUGAGGUUAAUCGACUAGAUGCAAUCACUGCCAUUUUAUGCAUUGAAUCAUCCAUGACAACCUCAGCUAUAGUGGACAGCAUUGGCAAUGCUCUCCAUUCCAAUUUCACUGAGAACCCAGAUCAGGAAUAUUCUAAGCAGGAAAGGUUGAUCCUUGAGAAACUGAGAUCAUUUGAUCAAUUUCCUGAUAUAAAUAGCAUGGAAGAAUCAAUUUGUCAAUAAGGGAAUACAGGAAAAAGGCAUCUAGGGCGAUUCAAGUGCUGAUAAGGAUUUUGAUAAUGCCCAAACUUCUAAAGCUACCGAUUCAGUAUAUCAUACAAAAUAAGUGCUCAGAGGUAGGUAUAUUUUGUCAGUUCCUAGCAUUAUGGUAGAGUUAUUGAGCAUUCUCUGAUUUUUCCAGGUGUAGCUAGAUAGAUGUUUCACUGAUGUACAUGCCUGCUUUUUGACUUGUAUAUUAGUUUAAAUUCCUGUUUCUUUCAACAUUAGUAUAUACUAAAUUCAUUUUUACACCCCACCCCUGAAAGGAAAAGUGAUUUUCACAUUGUCUUCCUGUAUAAAAUCUAUUUGUA